AUGAAGGAUGAGCUGUUAGAGAGUAACGCAGAUCCGAGCUGGCUCUCACAGAGACGAUAAACAGGUCUGAGGCUGCUGCUGCCAUCAUGCCGUCUUUUACUGGGAGCACUGGUUUCCUGCAGGGUGUGGCGGCUGCAGCAGCAUGCUGCUCUGUCAUUGUCUUGCUGGUUUGUCUCCCACAGCUGAGCCCCGUCCACGCCACCAUCUGCCUGUCCCAGGGUGGCUGCGUAUGCGCCUCAGACAUCCUCAGCUGCACCGCCGCCGGUCUGGACGGCGUCCCCAGGGACAUGCCCAUCUCCACCGUCACUCUGGAUCUCAGCCACAACCGCAUCACGCAGCUGGAGGCCGGCGGCUUUGAAGGACUUUAUCGACUGGAGACGUUACGGCUGGCGCACAACCAACUGAUCACGAUUUACCCUGGGGCAUUUCGAAACGUCUCAGGGACUCUGCUGCGACACCUGGACUUGUCGUCCAAUCAGCUGCGAGUUCUGGGGCAGCACUGUUUCCUGGAUUUGCCUGGAUUGGAGGAACUGCUGUUGUUCAACAAUCGGAUUGCACGCGUGGAGAGCAGAGCGCUGGCAGGACUAGGCAGUCUCCGCAGGGCCUACCUCAGCCACAACCGCCUCACCGACUUCCCCUUCUUCUCCAUCCAGGAGCAAAGCCACCCGCACCUGUCCAUGCUGGACUUGUCCUCAAACCGCCUGCCCAAACUGCCCCUGGAGGACAUCUGGAACCUGCCCCUGUCGGUGCAGAGAGGACUCUACCUGCACAACAACUCGCUGGUGUGCGAGUGCUCCAUGUACGGACUUUUCCGGCACUGGGAGCAGAGAAACUUCGCCUCCAUCAGAGAGUUCAGACACGAGUACACGUGUCUAGUCUACGGGAUCCAGCGAGGGACAGUGCGCUUCUUCCAGCACAACCGCUUCUUUGAGAAAUGCAACCUGACGGCAAUGAGUAAGGCACCAAAGGAGCAGGACAGCAGCGUUUCGGUGGAGGUGGGGAGUCGGCUCCUGCUGCACUGCGUCACCACACUCUACGGACGCCCCAUCACCUUCCUCUGGGUGUCGCCCAAUCAGGAGUACGUGGCGCCGCCGGGAAACAAUGGGUCAUUAAAGAUGUUCGCCAAUGGCAGCUUGGAGAUUGUGGCGGCACGUGCAGAGGACGCCGGGAUUUACUGGUGCAUGUCUCUGGACCAGCAGCGUCAGCACAACGAGACACGGGAGGUCAACGUGACGGUGGUGCUGCACAACGGGGAGCCUCACGAGCCGUUCAACACUGGGUUCACUACCCUGCUGGGCUGUGUGGUGAGCCUGGUGCUGGUCCUCAUGUACCUCUACCUUACGCCCUGCCGCUGCCCUCCCUGUCCAAGGGCCCCGACCCCCGCCACCGCCACCGCAAGCCAGGGGAACGAGGCUGGGGCCGGGAGCGCCCAGUCCUCCAUCCUCACGCCCACUCCGCCAGCGACCACUGAGGGCCCGGGCCGCAAGGUCAGUACCAACAAGCAUGUGGUCUUUCUGGAGCCAAUCAGAGAGCAGCAGAACGGCAGACUGAGGGCGGGACCGGGUGGACAUUUGGGUCCAGGUUUACUGCUGGGGGCAGAGCACUCGAAGCUCCACCACCAGCCGCAGCAGCAGAGGGCCGGGGAGACAGACUCCAUCAUGUCCAUGUUCUCAGACACGCCCAUCAUGUUGCCAUAGCAAAAGAGACAGAGACAGACAGAGACUGGCACUACCUUCACCCCUCACUUCCUCCUCUGUUUCUCCGUUACCUCCAGACCACCUCCCACUGCACCCACCUCCCACUGCACCCACC